AUGCCAAAGGUUAAGGCCAAGAAAAUAACGACCGCAGGUGCGAGGAAGGGAGAUGACACACCGAAGAGGAGGCCGGGUCGGCCGAGAGGUCCACGGGCGACGUCAACCCCCGCAAGUGUGGAUCUGGGGCUGGGAGGCGGCAACAACGGGCCAGGAAGGAGCGGUUAUGGCUGGCGUGACUAUGACACUCAGUUUAGGAGCAAGCAGGCGCGUUUACCCGGGCGAUCCUGGGCGAGCGUCGACGCCGAGUUGUGGUUGAUGCUGGUGGCCUCUAAUGGUCCGCGGCAGCGCCACAAUUUACCCCAUGCCCCUCGCCAUCAGUUCUACAGAGGGGAGUACGGCGCGAGAAAAUCUUUUCCCUUCGGAGGAAAGGGACCCGGAGCCAAUGGCACACCCAGCCGAGGCGUGUGCUUUGCCUUUAAUAGAGGCAAGUGCAUGCGAGGCAAAGCUUGCAUCUAUGAGCACAAGUGUUCCCGCUGCCAGGCGACAGGUCAUGGGGCUAAGCAGUGUAGCCAAGGGCGGGCCGGUUCCAGUCCCGCUGGCAGACCUGUGGUGUGGAUCAUAGGGGACUCGAUAGUGUUUUGGGCACAUCGCAGGGCGAAGAACACCGGCGAGGCUGACCUUGGACUUGGAACGUCGGUCCGCUGGUUGGGGAAAAGGGGGCUACGAAUUGAAGGGCUUCCAAAAAAUGGUCCAUUUCAGCCCUCUUACGAGCUGAUGAAACGUUUCUAUGGACUCUAUAAACAAGCUACUGAGGGUCCAUGCCAUCAGGCCAAGCCAGCAUUUUGGAACGUUGUACAGACACAGAAGUGGCAAGCAUGGUCUGUUUUAGGUGAAAUGGGAAGUGAUGAGGCAAAGAGGUUGUAUGUUGAAGAACUAUUACAGACUAUCUUGGAUAAUUCUAAAGCUCGGGAUAUUCCUCACAUGUACAAAAUAAUAGAGACCAUGCCACAGACAGAAGAUGUGGUGACCUUUCUCAAGGUCAUGGGACCGUUCUUUGAACUUGUUCAUGAGGAAGAAUUGGAGGAGGUCUCAGUGUCAUCUUCUCCACAGGUCACAAAGGUCAAUGGUCAUAUUAAUGGAGGGGUCAAGAUGAAAGAGACUAAAGUUGAUAAGAGUGGUGACCAAGCCAAAGGCCUUCAAAAUGGAGAUGUGAGUGAUGUCUCGGAUUACACCAAUGGUUUCUUGGAAGGUGACCUUGAACCUAACGAGAGGUCAAAGGACAAGUCAGGGUCACCUGAAAGCUCUGAUACCGAUCCGAAGGUCAAUGGUCAUAUGGAGGAGGGAAAGGUCAAUGAGGAGGAAAGCAGAUAUGAAAGAAUUGUAACUUCACACUUAGGAGAGAAUUCUGCAGAGCUCAGUCAUCCUAUCUUGGUAUCUAAGAGUCAGCUUGAAGCAUCCACAGAUCACCUACCCUCAACCAGUGAGAGUGAAUCUGAUGGAGAUGAGUUCUGUGAUUCUGUUGAUGAACCAAUCAUUAGUAGGAUAAGUGUAGCUCACACACCAAUGACUGAAUCUCUGCCAUCUGUUAUUGAGGAAGAAGAAGAAAGAAAACAACUCACAUCAACCCCAUUUAAUGGAGAUCAUGCAGUAGUUACCAAGGCAGAAGUCCAUAACAAUGUUGAUGCCAUCAUCCAGCCUAGGUAUACUUCAAGUUCUACUUCAGCUCCUACCGUGUCUACACCUUCCAUGCGAGGUGGUGGAGAGGUCACCAAGGGGUCAAAUGGUCAACAAGUUCAAGACAUUGCAACAAAUCAAUCCCAUAAAGGUUACCAAUCAUCAGAUAGUUUCCAUAGCUUCAGACCCUCUGGAUCACAAGACUCUCCUGAUGGGAGUAGUAGAAGGAAAGAGAGGAGGGAUGGGGGAGGUGAUAGGGGAACACCAGGGGGUGAGAGUAGCCCCCUUAGAUCACCCUUACCAGAUGGCAUGGUGGAGCAGAUUACAAUAUCUUUAGAGAGACUACAGAGGGAUAUGAAUAGUGUUCUAGUCAGACUUAACACACUGGAGACCAUUGCUAUAUCAAGGCAUCAGCUUGAGACUCAGCAAGCAUACAUGAGAGAGGGGAAUCUCCUAGCCAAGGAUGGUACACCCAUCAGGACUCCACCCCAACGAACCACACCUUCCUGGUGGCCUUUCCCUACCCUUCCUAUGAGAACAGUCUUCAUCCUUCUAGUCUGGCCUUUCAUUGUACAAUGGAUCCUAAGGUUCCUUGCAAGGCAUCGGAGAGCUCGUCCACCACCUCGAUGAGGAGUCCAACGGAACAACUACGCUUUUAACUUUUAACAUGCCUGAGGGAUUUCAACAUUUGUGGUUUAUUUGUAUCAUGUGAUUGCAAUUCAUGCCACCUGCUCACCUGAUACUGCUUAAUUGCAUGGGUCAAAUGUGAAAACUUUGGAAAGGUAUUUUCUGGUACUAGGGCUAUAUGGAUGCGAAGCUAAAAAUUCCAUAGAAAGGCACAUGGCUUGUGAUGAAUGAACUCAUUGGAAUUCAAUCAUUUUAUUGUACACAUAGUUUGAAUUGCGUUAUAACCUUUGAGGUGCAAUGUGGCUCAUUCAUAAGUCUGCCUCUUAUUCUUGCUGUUCCUGCAGUGAAUUGAAUACAUAUUUUCAUUAAUUAACACAAUAAAGGUGCUGUUGUAAUGAAAUCAUUGUGCUCAUGAUGAGCUGCAAAGCUAGAUGUGGCUGAUUCUGGCCAGAAAAGGGUUUGGUCAAGUGUAUCAUGAAUGAUAGGACACCAGGGCUGCUGGCUGUUUAUCAGGUCACAUGAUUAUGCUACUUAGGCAUGUUAAGGGUUAAAGUAGAGUCUAUUUGUGUCAUGUUACAGAUCACACAUUGGUUUCUUCAUAACAUAAAGAUGUUUGUGAUUUACACAUGACCUUACAAAUGACUUUAACGUGUUCUAAGAGAUACCCUAUGUAUUCCUGGUUUUAGAAUCAAUGUCUUAUGAUCCUUAUCAAAUUAUGAAAAAUAUUAACUUUGUACUCAAAGUACCAUAUUUGAACAUUAGCUGAUUGCAUAGAAAUAAUUGAGAAUAUAAUUCAGCACACAAGAACAUGUAAAUGUAGUUUGUAAUGUCAUGCAUAUCUUUACAAACAGCUUUAUGAAACCACCCCACUUUAAAUAUGUUUAGUAAACACUUCUAUAGCUGCCAAUGAAUUAGAUCAUCUAAAGUAAGACCUAGCAUUCAUUCAACAGACGAUAUGAUUUUUACUCACAAAUCAAGUUUGUACAUACUUAUACCAUUAAUAUUUUUAUUACUCUCAGAACUGCAAUAAUUAUAAGAAAUUGUAAUAACCAACAAUUUUCUGAAAAUGCUGUUAGUAUUGACUUGAUUUUGAUAAUUUAUUUUGUCUUUUAUCAAGCAUGAUGAAGAAAUUGAAUUUUCUUUUAUAUUUUCAUUUAGCCAAUUUAAUUUGAGAUAACAAUAUGCUUUCAAGUAAUUACACCACCAUGUGUAAAAUUGUGCAAUAUUUGAGGUCUUUUUUAAAGUUGAUUUUAAUACUUAAUAUAGUUCAUAAUGUCUUUUGUCAUUUAACCUGAAAUUGUAAGCAAGUAUGAAAUUCUGACUGUAGGUUCAAAUAAUCUGGGAGGGGGGAGAUCAUUUGACCACUCAUCCUCUGAGUUUUACUUCUGAAACUUUCAAAAAACACCUAAAAAAUCUGUAAAUGUUGGUGUAUCUCCCAGCUCACAAGGUAAAUAAUUUUAAUGAAACUGCUAACAUAUUAAUUACCCAAUGAAUACCAGAGUCCCUAUGCUAAUAACUGAAAUAGUAUGUUGCUUCAUCAGUUCUUACAAUUCCUUAACCCGAAAAGGAUUGGGGGGAAUCAUGGGGCCCCUUAAUGUUUUGUACGAAUUUUCUGAAAAUUACAAAAACUAUGCUUCAAAGUCUUGCAUUUUUUUUUUUUUUGGGGGGGGGAGGGGGCAAAUUCGGGUGGAAUAGGAUUGGUGAUUUUUGUGAAUAAUUAUUCAGUUUAGCUGUUUUCAAAGUCAGCAUGGCUGCUUUAUUGAAUUGUGUAAUGCAGAUGAGACUGCCAGAGCCACUAGUUAAAUCACAUCAGUACUAUUAUGAUAAGAGCAGAAUUAAUAAAAUUCUGCUAUCAUAGAAUUUACAUGAAUUUAUUUGUCUCACAUGUUUUUUUUUCUCUCUUCAGUUCAUGCCUUAUAUCCUAUGAAUGAAUUCAGGGGGGGGGGGUAAUUGUGCGUGCAUAUUUGCCUAUCAUUUUAUUGUUUGAAUUACAUGUUUUGUGGUACCUUGUAUCCUUUUUAUAAUUUGGGGGGGGGGGGUGCGGCUAAAUUACCAUUACUUUAAAUUUGUGAAGUAUAUCAAUUUUAGAAUUUUACCAUUAUUAUAUUACAUAAGGUUCUGGAUUUAUUUAUUUUGGAUCUUAUGAUACAUUCCUCUUAUAAAGUUUGCCAAAUCUCACUAUGUAGAUAUUAUUGCUAAAAAACAAUAUAUUUUGACAAUCUAAA